CAAUGAGCCCAUUUGCAAAAGCACUCGAUGUUCUUCAAGGAGAGACCACUGUGCAAAUGGGAUGGUUGGUACCUACAAUAACACUUCUAAAGAGAAAGCUUCAGCACAUUCACAUUUCCUCCAGGUUCUGUGGGCCUUUGGUGGAUGCUCUUCUAGCAGGAAUUGAAAAAAGUUUUGGACAGAUACUCGUUGAUCCAGAGCUAAUUGCUGCUGCAAUUCUACUCCCCAAAUUCAAGACGUGCUGGACAAGUGACAAAUGUGUCGUAAAAGUUGGUCUUGACUAUAUCAAAUGCAACCUGAAACAACAAAUGGAAGUGUAUAAAGGUGAGGCCUCACAUUCCUCUGAAGAUGAAGACUUUUUUUCAGCGAUCAAAAAGUCCCGUUCCCAAGAUGACACCAGUCAGCUGGAGACCUACCUCAACUGCCCCGCUGACACAAUGGAGGUACUAAAGUCCUUCCCUGCAGUAUGCCACUUGUCAUUAAGGCUUAACACUCCGCUACCAGACUCAGCUGCCUGUGAACGACUGUUCAGCACCGCAGGACUGAUUUUUACGCCAAAAAUGGCACGUGUGGAUUCCAAGAACUUUGAAAAUCAGCUGCUUCACAGGCUAAACAAAGACUUCUGGUAAUAAGGUUGUGUAUGACAGUUAAUGCCCAGUUUUUGAAGCGAUUCGCACACAGAAAUGAACACAUAUAUAUACACACACACAUAUACCUAUGCACACGCACACACACUCACUGGCUCACACCCACAAUAACUUGAGGCUAAAAAGAAGGCUCUCGUAGUUAUGUAGUGUAUGCCUUGCCUAUUAUUCCCCAGUUUUUGGAGGUUUUCCCUACAAUUUUUUUUCUCAGUGUUGUAUAAGGGAUGUUGCCACAAGUUGGUAGUGCCGAUGGCACACACAUUAAUAUUCAGUCUUUAGGACAAAUUGUUUAGGCCAGUGAAUAGGCCUGUGUCUGGAAUGUUUCUGUUCUCAGUCAUGUCGCCAAUUUGAGAAGUACUGAUUUAAAGAAAUACUUUUUCUUUUUUUAAUAUGGAAAUGUAUACUCUGCUCUUAAUUUCUCCAGUAUUAAGUUGUCAUUUGAAACCUGACAGGUUUAGUCAGAUAGUUUCCAUAUGCUGUAGAACCAGUAAACCAGGUGAAGUGUAAAUUAUGCUUGCACUCUAAUUUUCUUUCUGUUUGCAUUUCAAUAAAAUUUACAGUAUAACUCACCUCAAUUUUGUCAUUUUUAAAGCAUCAUAAUAAUUUUGAGUUGUAUCUAAGGACAAGAAUUUAUGGCCUAGGUGAUGGCAAAUAGUUUUUUUUUUUUCGUCCGCUUUGUCUUUUCUCUGCUUGUGUUCUACAUGUUGGUUGUUCAGCCUGGAUACAUUCAUUAGCUAACAAAAUUUGAAAUGUAAGUUCUUUUGUAUUAAUGUAUUCAUAUGAUGUGAGGUCCAGUUACCAGCGUGACACUAAAACAGGUAGUAGUAAUGGCUACUUUUUACUUAAGUACAUGUCAGAGCCCAUACUUCUUUACUUUAACUUGAGUGAAAAAGUGAAGUCAGUACUUCAACUUUUACCAGAGUCUUUUUAAACAUAAGUAUCUGUACUUUUGCAAUCUCUGCUGGAAGGAAAUGUAAAGGUGAACUCUGUAAUAUUUUGUGCUAGCAGCAUUAUAAGUUCAGAUACUGACAUGAUAGUAAAAGUGCACUGUUUGCCAUGAUUCAGUAAGUUUAAGUGGAAGUGGCAAGUUACAGUGGAUUAUCGAGAACCUAAGUUGUUCUCCUGGUUGUAUGAUUUCAACAUGAUGGUGCUCAUGAAUUAUGCAUUUGGCAGAAAUUAUGCAUUUGCAGACGCUUUUAUCCAAAUUGACUUACAGUGAACUUAAUCCAGGGACAAUCCCCCCGGAGCAACCAGGAGUUAAGUGCCUUGCUCAAGGACACAAUGUUGGUGGCUGUGGGAACUGAACCGGCAACCUUCUGCUCACCAGUUCUGUGCUUUAGCCCAUUACGCAACCACCAAACAGUGUGCUCGACACUGUUUGAAGGCUAUUUUUUCUUAAGGUUAUGACUAGGCUCUCAUGUGGUUUCCCAGUACAAUUUCAUAGAGUCCAUUUUGUCUUUGCAAAGAAAGCAUUUUGCUGAGUAGUUUGUUUAAAUGGCUUGCACUGCACAAAUGGCUGGGAACUAAAGCUGAUCCAACUCCUCCCACACAAGUUGGGCAGUUGCCAGCCCUAACUGACUUAACUGUAUUUGGAAAGGCUCUGAAUCCAUUGAUGAUCUAUUGCUUCCUGCAGCAUGAACCAAGGUGAUGAGAGUAUAGCAGGAACUGUCUGUAUAG